AUGCGUACCUACGACGACACAUUCAGCGGCCAGAGGAUCUACCCGGGCAAGGGCAAGCUCUACGUCCGCGGCGACAGCAAGAUCUUCAGAUUCCAGAAUGGCAAGACCGAAUCCCUGUUCCUCCAGCGCAAGAACCCGCGUCGGAUUGCGUGGACGGUGCUGUUCCGGAGGCAGCACAGGAAGGGUAUCUCUGAGGAAGUAGCCAAGAAGCGCACCCGCCGCACCGUCAAGCACCAGCGCGCCAUCGUCGGCGCCUCCCUCGACGUGAUCAAGGAGCGCCGAAACAUGCGGCCCGAGGCCCGCGCCGCCGCCCGCCAGGCAGCCAUCAAGGAGGGCAAGGAGAAGAAGACGGCGUCGGAGAGCAAGAAGAAGCUCGAGAAGGCCAAGGGCGCGGCCGGCGCGGCACGGGGCCAGGUGCAGAAGAUCGUGGGCAAGCAGGGCGCGAAGGGCGCGGCGCCGAAGGUGCAGGCGAAGACUCGUUGA